CUCUACAAACAUAACAUGGCCUCCUUACUCUUUCUUUGCCUAUUCCUCUUCUUUCCCCAUCUUUAUGCUUCUUCUUCAGGAUCUCACUCCUGCUCAUCACUAAUCCAAUUCAAGAACUCUUUUUCCAUCACUAAGACACCGCUUGCUGCUUGGUAUUGCGAUGAGAUUGCAGGCCUUAAAUCUUAUCCCAAGACAAAUUCAUGGAAGGAGGGUACAGAUUGCUGCUCAUGGGAUGGGGUCACUUGUGACCACCUAAAUGCUCAUGUUAUUGCCCUUGACUUGAGCUGCAGUUGGCUAUAUGGUAACUUCCCUUCCAAUACCACUCUCUUCCUUCUUCCUAACCUUCAAAAACUCAACCUUGCUUACAAUGAUUUCAAUGAUUCCAAAAUUCCAUUUGAAUUUGGUCAGUUUACAAGCCUAUACUACCUAAACCUUUCCAGUGCAGGAUUUGUAGAAGUCCCAUCCCAAGUCUCCCACCUGUCAAAAUUGGUUUCACUUGAUCUCUCUUUCAAUUUUUUCCAACCAAUUGAUAGACAUGCUGUGGAGGGACUUGUUCACAACCUAACCGAGAUCAGACAUCUGUUUUGGAUGGAAUCAAUAUGUCUUCUAUUAAUCCUCAUGUCUUCAUGA